AUUCCGAUCCACCUCUGCCAUGGUCUAUAUUUUCAUCCAGAUGAGCUGUGAGAUGUGGGACUUUGACAUCUAUGGUGAUUUGUACUUUGAGAAGGCUGUGAAUGGUUUCCUCUCUGACCUCUUCGCCAAAUGGAAGGAUAAAAAUUGCAGCCAUGAAGUGACAGUGGUUUUAUUUUCCAGAACUUUCUAUGAUGGCAAGUCGCUGGACGAGUUCCCCGACAGUCAUCGACCCUCCAUUCAGGUGGAUCAUGAGGGCAGGUUCUACGAAGACUUUUAUAAGUGAGUCUUAUUUGUGAUUUUCCUUUUUGUCGUGCAGCCCAGCUCUGUGUGGCC